CUAAACGCCGAAGUGGACGCUUUCAACACCUACAUUCGACCCAGGGACGAGGAACACAGUGUGCGUCUCAUGGUUAUCGAGUGUAUUCGCAGUUCCAUCACCAGAAAGUGGCCUUCUGCGAGAGUGCUUGCGUUUGGAAGCCAAGAAACUCAGCUGUACUUUCCGAAUGGCGAUAUCGACCUCGUCGUGCAUUAUGAUGGUAUAUCAGUCGAAAGGAAAGAUCAAAUCGUUUCGUUUCUUUCAGAAAUCAGCUGUUUAUUACAACAGGCCAAGGUUUCUCGACGUGUUAAUCUAAUUGGGAAAGCUCGAGUCCCCAUCAUCAAAUUUGUGACGGAACUGGGGCAUUUUGCGGUGGAUAUCAGCGUAAACCAGACAAAUGGCUUGCGUGCAGUUACUGUUGUCAAUCGCUUUCUAUGGUAUUUACCAGCGGUUCGCCCUCUCGUCAUGGUGAUCAAGGCAUUCCUUCUGCAACGUGGGCUUAAUGAACCUUACAGCGGUGGGUUUGGGAGCUACACAGUUAUUUGCAUGGUUGUGAGUUUCCUGCAAAUGCAUCCGAAGAUUCGUCGGAAAGAGAUCGAUCCCCGAAUGAAUCUUGGAGUUCUAUUGUUGGAUUUCUUGGAACUCUACGGACGUUAUUUCAACUAUUCAGAGGUCGGGAUCUCGAUCCGGAACGGCGGGUCGUACUUCUCGAGGGAAAAACGUGGAUGGCUGGGGGCCGAUUUCCGAGGACCUCCACGCAUGACGAUCUCGGUGGAAGAUCCGGUAGACAUCAGUACGUUGCAUCCCUUGUGCCUGAAAUGA